UAAUCCAAGGGCAUCUGAUGAUUACGUUUUGGUGAUAUCUAGGAAAUUUAGUGAUCUUUAAGAGUACCUUUACCUUCUAGGUAUCAUUAAAUCUUACUUAUCACUAACUUAUGCUGCACUAACACGACCAUUAUACCUCACGCCGUGGUGAAUAGUAACCGAGGAGUCAGAAUGUUGUCAUGGCGAGGGAGGAUGCUGCAACCCUACAGUACAGAGAAAGAAAGCAAGGCCCAGAGAAUGCAUCUGGACCUCCUAACUUCUCCUGUUGUCUGAGCAAGCCAUGCUCCGUUAUGAGUAGCACCUUGGCCACCUUGGCUGCAUUUGUCUCUCAGCUUUCCUCUCUUCCCUUCAGGUUGGUCCUGCUGCGUCCUGAGGAGCCUGGACCACCGCUGCCAUGACGACUGCCAUCCUGGAACGCCUGAGCACCCUGUCUGUGAGCGGGCAGCAGCUGCGCCGUCUGCCCAAGAUUCUGGAAGAAGGGCUUCCCAAGAUGCCGUGCACGGUCCCAGAAACCGACGUGCCCCAGCUCUUCAGGGAGCCUUACAUCCACGCCGGCUACCGCCCCACGGGGCACGAGUGGCGCUACUACUUCUUCAGCCUCUUUCAGAAGCACAACGAGGUGGUCAACGUCUGGACCCACUUGCUGGCGGCCCUAGCGGUCCUGUUGCGAUUCUGGGCCUUUGCGGAGGCCGGGGCAUUGCAGUGGGCCUCUCCCCACACCCUACCCCUGCUCCUCUUUAUCCUGUCCUCCAUCACUUACCUCACCUGCAGCCUCUUGGCUCACCUGCUGCAGUCCAAGUCAGAGCUGUCGCACUACACCUUUUACUUUGUGGACUACGUUGGGGUCAGCGUCUACCAGUAUGGCAGCGCGUUGGCGCACUUUUUCUACAGCUCGGACCAGGCCUGGUACGAGCGGUUCUGGCUUUUCUUCCUGCCCGCGGCUGCUUUCUGUGGCUGGCUCUCCUGUGCGGGCUGUUGCUACGCCAAGUACCGCUACCGAAGGCCUUAUCCAGUGAUGCGGAAGAUCUGUCAAGUGGUGCCGGCCGGGCUGGCCUUCAUCCUAGACAUCAGCCCUGUGGCCCACCGGGUGGCUCUCUGUCAUCUGGCUGGUUGCCAGGAGCAGGCGGCCUGGUACCACACCCUCCAGAUCCUCUUCUUUCUUGUUAGCGCCUACUUCUUCUCCUGCCCGGUACCCGAGAAGUACUUCCCCGGUUCCUGUGACAUUGUGGGCCACGGACAUCAGAUCUUCCACGCCUUCCUUUCCAUCUGCACGCUCUCCCAGCUGGAGGCCAUUCUUCUAGACUACCAGGGACGGCGUGAGAUCUUCCUGCAGCGCCACGGUCCCCUGUCCGUCUACACGGCCUGCCUCUCCUUUUUCUUUUUAGCCGCCUGCAGCGCGGCCACCGCCUCCCUCCUGAGGCACAAAGUCAAGGCCAGACUGGUCAAGAAAGAUUCCUGAGGUCUGCCCAGGGGGAAAAGGUGUAGAGAUGUGCUACUGUGAUUUGGAGAAAACUUGACACAGUAAUAGAAACUGACUUUUUGUUUUUAAGGCUUGAUUUUUAAAUUAAUACGUAUUACAGGCUGGGGAUGAAACUCAUUUGGUAGAGAGUGCUUAACAUAGCAUGCAGGAAGCCCAGGGUUCGAUCCCCAGUACCACACAAACCAGUAGCAGCAUUCAAGGAGGCAGAGGCAGGAGGAUCAGAAGUUCUAGGUCAUCCUCAGACUCGUAGUGGGUCCAAGGCUAGCCUUUAAUACAUGAUAACUUAUCUUAAAAAAAAAAAGGAUUAUUAUAUAUUUUCAAGGGCAUGGUAUGGUUAUAAAAUUUCAAAUGCAAGGCAGGCAUUUAAGAAUUUUAAAAGGAAUAUUCAUUUUCUAUCUGGCUUAUAGCCUUACAUGGGAAGGGAUCCUGGCUAAGAUUCAUGAGAUUCCAAACUAAGGAAAACCAUCCCCACUCAUGAACACUUAGCAGAAUUCUGGAUGUGGCUUCCAAAGCUGAGUCCUGAACUGGACAGAUAAUCAAACUGGACUGCCAAGUAACCUGUGGAUGUCCCUCACAAUAACAAACAGAACAGCCACCCUAUGCUGCUGGUCUUGGUACCUGAGUAAACUGAAAUGUGGACUCUGUCUUAUUAUGAUUUCAGAUUGUCUAGGGUGGAAGUCGGAAUUUUCAAGAAGAUUCAUCACAACCCCUAGACAGAAUGGACUAUUCAAGGUAUCUGAGCUCUGGUCUCAUUCACUGCAGCGGUGGUCCCUUUCUCAGGACACCCAACUAGCUGGCCGAUUUGCCUGAAGUACUGUUCCCAUCCCUAGGCUGCAUGGUAAUAUACAGAAUUCCAAAGCUAUUACACUUCCAGGAAACGCUUGGAACCAUAUGAACCUUCAGGAAGCCGGUUCUCAUGUAAUACAAACAUCAGGAAACGCAACAGUGCCAAGCUCUCCUAGCAGACCCAGCCCGAAGACAUGGAUACCCUCGUCUGUGUGUUGCCCAUGGGGACCUUUUAGUUUCUAUGUGUGGACUGCAGUAUUAACUGCAAGCUAUUUAGGGUUGUCUGGCAGGCCAGGACAUGAUCUGAAGGUUUGAACGGACUCUUUCCAAAGCUUGGCUCUGAAGUUGCUCGAGGGAUCUGAUUCGUUCAAGAGGAACCGAGCAUCUAAGGUUCAAAUUUCUGUUAGAUGCUGUCCCACGAUGGACCAACACAGCUACCCCAAAUCCAGGGUCCUCAAACAGGCAGUUCUGCCCCCGAUUCAAGAAGAAACCUUAAAGCAGGUCCUAGGACAGGUGAACGUGUGCUCACUGUGGUUGGCCCCUGAAGGUCCUUUGAGUAAGAAUGAGGCACCUGAUGGCCAAAGGCACUGUUGGCAAUACUGCUGCAGGCAGCUGCUGGGGGGUGGGCGGUGCUUGCAGCUGUGGUGUUCUGGCCACACAGCUCUCUCUGAGGACUGACUGACGUCUACAUUAAUCCCGUGAAGGAGGCUGCGGCCAAGGAAGAGCUGAGAUACCCUCUUUUCACGGGCUGUGUUUCCUAUCAGUAUAAGGUCCCUGCAUAUUAAAAAGGGAAGUGGUCUGUUUCAACUCCAGUGGGAUGACCCUCCUCCACUAUUACGUCACUUGCUAGUCUUUAAACCUUUGUGUUUUUUUCUUUAAUCUUGCUGUGAGAGACUUGUGAGUUUUGUGCCUUAUACAUGGAAAUGUCUAAACAUUUUAUUUAAUGUAUGCACACAUGCAAUUUCAUGUUUUGGGUUACUGGGACAAGAGAAAAGAAGAACCCCAGAAAGCAAGAGUUGUUAACUUGUCAAAUAACUAUUCUUCUAUAUUUGGGGGUGGGGGGAUAGGGUCAACUGAAACUUUCCUCCUGCCUUCAAAGCAAGAAAGCGUGUGUCUGCUGUAUUGUUUUGCUAGCUGGGUUUCUUGUUCAUGGUCAAAGAUCUGAACUUCUGUGCUAACUGAGUGUCGACACAGGCUCCCGGUUGUCUAGGCCAAGUUCAUGACAAGGAAUGUUAUCAAAAUUGAACUGGUUUGAACUGACCAAAAGAUGGCAGGGGUAGGGGUCGUGUAAAUGCUACAAGUAAAGGGUCUGUUUAAAAUGAGGACCAGAAAGUGUUAGAUGUUCUCUUUGUUAUGGAUUUAAAGAUGGUAUUCUUUUAAAAGUUGGUAGGAAAAGUGUAAGAGGGAAGGAGCAAAGGGAGGUGCUCUUGACUGUAACUGCGGUGGUGUUUGUGAAUGGAGAUUUUGUCCUUUCUUUCUUUCCUCCUCUCUCUCUCUCUCUCUCUCUCUCUCUCUCUCUCUCUCUCUCUCUCUCUCUCUUCUUUUUGUGAUAAGAUCUCACUCUAUAGCGCUGGCUGGGCCUGUAAAUCAUUAUAUAGACCAAGGCUGGCCUUGAACUCUAGAGCUCAACCUGCUUCUGCCUCCCAAGUGGCAGGGUCAGAAGUGUGAGCCACCACAUCGAGCCUUGUGAACAGAGACCUAGGGCUCUUCCGUGCACCUGCAGGCCAGGGCCGAGCUAAACUCUGUCGCUGGCGGCUCCAUGAGACCGUACGUGUAAAAAGUGAGAUAGUAGCAUUCACUUUUUAGUUUAAUUUUACAAAUAUUGCUAACUAGUGAUUUGGAAAUUGAUAAGAAAAAAAAAAAAAAAGAAAGAAGUGAUUUCUGUGGAGCUGGGACUUGACCCCAAGACCUCCAACAUGCUAAUCAAGAAUUCCUCCAUUGACCUACUCCGUUUGACCAGGCCAGGGAACAGUGUAUGUAUAAUAGAUACAUUGGGAGGCAUUGAGAUGGGGGACUGUGAUCUUUCUUGAAAAUACCAGUAUCUAGUUAGAAUAGUUAAAUACAGGUGGUUUUAACUCUUUCGACUCCUUUUGGGACAGUCAUUAAAAUGAGUCUAUCAGUGUGGAAACGACCUGCUGAAUUUAAAAGUAACAACUAGGAAUGGUAAAAAGGAGGAUAGAUGCCUCUUGAUUUACAUUGGGGUUACUACUCCCCCCCACCCCCAAAUCAGCAUAAUGUGAAAGAAAAAUAGUAUAAGGGAGAUAAUUAUCUGGCUCUGCAGUACUAGACACUCUGGUUGUUGCCACCUCUCUUUUAAUUAAGACUUUCAGCCCAUUAACAUGCAAAUGCCUCUGAUAAGAUUAAGCUGUCACUCAUCUACAUUUUCUCAUGAAUAAAAUUCUUGUAGAUUUAUACAAGGCCCUACUUAGUUCAAGAAGAGGGGCCGACGGGAUGCAUUUGGGGGUGCCUGUUUCUCAUUUCAGAAUCCUGACUUUUAUUUGCUGGUGAAAGUUGUUUCUGGUUUGGAGUGUUUUGUUUUGUUUGAGAUGGGUCUUUCCGUGUUUCCCAGGCUGGCCUGGAACUCCUGAUUCUCCCAUCUCAGGUGGCCAAGGAGCUGGGAACACAGGCUGCGUGCGCCCACACCACACCCAAUUCUAAUGAACUAAUUUUAAAGUUCUUAAAGAUGUCAGGGUUACAAUUUCAGUUUUUAAGUCUCUCAAUAGCAAUGUGCAAGUCAUCGACCGGAAGCUUGAAACAGGGUUCAGAGCCGCAACAGGAGGGCAGUUUAUUCGUGUUUCUGUUGCUCUCCGUGUUCGUCUUUGGUUACUGCUCUGUAGUUCCACCUGGAUCCUCCAGAUGGCGAUGUUGUCUUAAUCGAUGCUUUCUCAGCUCUGGUUACCAAGGUUUUGUCGCUAGUUGUACUACCGUGUUUUGCUCGAUUGCUUGGUAAAGAAAAUGUGGGAUUAUUUUCUGUCUCUCUAAAUCGACUUACAUGAAUAAUCAUUAAACAGUUUUUGUACAUGAA